UAUUUUUGACAGAUGCAUUAAUUUAAAUAUAUAUUCCGAGUGUAGUAAAUAAAUAUACAUGGUAUUAUGGUAUAUUUCUUCAGCGCAAGUUGUGUUCCUAUAAUAUGUAGGUAUACCCUGUACGUACACCUAACUUUUUUUUAAUAAUAAAAAAAAUUAAAAGAAUGGAAAGGACUUAGGUCGAUGGCCAGUUGGCAACGCUGUGUCUGUAUUUGGCAUUUCACUCAUUUUUCAGACAUGGACGAAUUAGUAAAUAAACCAAAUCUUGCUUUAGAAAGAUUUUUUCAUGCACAGUUUUCUAGAGACUCUUUCUUAGAUUUAAAAAUGAAAUAUGUGAAUAAAUCCUGUUCCAAAUCAUGUUUAGUAGAUGGAAUAUUACAAUGUAAUUGUGGCGAAGAUAUUGGAAUUUAUAUCUGGAAUUGGUCAACGGCAAACAGUUCGCCUGGCACAGGAAUAACGAACGAUAAUAAAGAUAUUUUAUUUCAUCCUUGCUACAGUUCAGGAACAGCAUUAGUUAGAGGAGAUUUAACUUUUCAACCAAAUUUACAUUAUUAUUGGGAGGUUAAAAUGACAUCAAACAUGUAUGGGACUGAUGUGAUGGUAGGGGUAGGAACAUCAAAGGUGGAAUGUGACAAAUGGAAGUUAAAAUUUUGUAGUCUAUUAGGAAAUGAUUCGGAAUCCUGGGGUUACUCUUAUCAUGGAAAAAUUCAACAUAAUAGUUUAAUAAGAAAGUAUGGGUCCAAGUUUGGAUUAGGAAGUAUUGUAGGAGUACAUUUAGAUAUGUGUAAAGGAACUUUAGAAUAUUACCUGAACCGAAAACCUCUAGGUAUUGCAUUUACUGGUAUGAAAUCCUAUGAAUUAUAUCCUAUGGUCAGUUCUACAGCAGCUCAAUCCGCAGUUAAAUUAGUGUGUGCAGUUUCAGAAGAACCUACAUUGCAGAUGCUUUGUCUUAAAUUUAUUUCUAAACAUAAACAUAUAUAUAAAAAUUACCAGAAUAUUCCUGGACUCAGAAGGUUGUACCAGAGGAAAUAUUUCUGGAUUGUUCCCAAUUAUGAGGAAGACUCUGCAAAACGUCUUGCUGACAUGGAAGAUAGCUGGAUAAGCCCUUUAAAUUAUAAAAACUUGUUGAAAACUAACAAAAAGCUAAAGACUGGUUUGUGGUAUUCUGAUGAAGGUUUAUACAGUUUUGAUGAACGUGAUUCUAAUUUAAAUGUGCCAAAACCCUCGAAUUCUAAAUUUAAUGAUUCUGGAGAUGAUUCUAAUUUAUCAAAUGCAUCUUCAAGUAUAUCAGAUGAUAGUUUACCCCUCAACCCAAUUACCAUGAAAUUAAAUACAAACCCAUCCACUUCCACUAACUGUGAUGAAUAUCAAAAUAAAGUUAAAAUUAACUGUAAUCAAAAUAUUUCUAACCAAUAAUUUUAAUU